AUCUAAAACUCCGAUUCGCUCACAUCACAUGCUUCUUCUCUCCACAUUUCACGCAAAGAUCCUCUCUCUCUCUCUUCAAAAGCAACUCUCUCUCUUCAAAAGCAACUCUCUCACUCCAAAAGCAAGCAAAGAAGAGGAAGAGAGAGAGCUCGCACAUUCGAUACAACGAAAAAAGUAGCAAAAGCAGCGCCCACCGCCGUGGGCGGUGCCUCCUUUUUCCCCAAAUUCCCCCAAAUCAAAACCUCACCACAUCACAAUCCCUAAAUUAUGACCUCUUCCAACCACCACCGCCACCACUACCCCCCCUCCCCCUCCUCCUCCGCCUCCCUCCGCGGCUGCUGCUGCUGCCUCUUCCUCCUCUUCUCCUUCCUCGCCCUCCUCGCCCUCGCCGUCGCGCUCGUCGUCAUCCUCGCGCUCAAGCCUAAGAAGCCGGAGUUCGACCUCCAGCAGGUCGCCGUCCAGUACGUCGGCAUCAGCGGCUCCGCCGUCUCGCUCGACAUCCGCCUGCUCUUCGCCGCCUCCAACGGCAACAAGGUCGGGAUCAAGUACGGCGAGUCGCGAUUCACCGUCAUGUACCGCGGCAUCCCCCUCGGCCGCGGCGCCGUCCCCGCGUUCUACCAGCCCGCGCACACCGUGCGCCGCGUCGAGGUCGCGAUCGCCGUCGAUCGGGUCAGCCUGGUGCAGGCCGACGCCGCCGAUUUGCUCAGGGACGCCUCGCUCAACGAUCGGGUCGAAUUGCGCGUCGUCGGAGACGGCGGGGCGAAGAUCCGGAUCCUCGGGUUAACCUCCCCCGGCGUGCAGGUAUCGGUAGAUUGCACAAUUGCCAUUAGCCCAAGAAAGCAAUCCCUAAUAUACAAGCAGUGUGGAUUCGACGGUCUCAGCGUCUGAUAUAUGGUCUCUCUUCCUUCAAUUUUAUCUCUAGAAAUACUUAAAAAGAAAAUUCUUGUGGAGAAAAAGAGGCAGAGAUUUGUGCCUAUCUCUUCCUUUAAUUUUCUCUCUACAAAUAUUUAAAGAAAAUUUUUGUGGAGAGACAGAGAUGGAGAAUUGACAAAGUGAAUUCCCACAAAGUUGAAGGCAAAUUGAGAUGAGUUAGAGAACAUGAGUUUGAGGGGUUUCUGCAAAUUUUGUAUUCUUGUAUAAAGUUUAUAAAAUCUGAUUGAUUCAAUUAUAUUACUCAUGUUCUCACUACUACUUAACUGAUCUACUAUAUUAUUCCUUUUAUGAGUUGUGCUA